AUGGCUUCUGGAAAUCUCACCCAAGUGACUGAAUUCAUUCUGAUGGGAGUCUCAGACCGCCCAGAGCUGCAGAUUACCCUCUUCCUGCUCUUCUUGGUCAUCUACGGGCUCACUGUGACAGGGAAUCUGGGCAUCAUCACCCUCACCAGUGCUGAUUCUCGGCUUCAGACCCCUAUGUACUUCUUUCUCAGACAUCUGGCUGUCAUCAAUCUUGGCAACUCUACUGUCAUUGCCCCUAAAAUGCUGGUCAACUUUUUAGUAAGUAAGAAAACCACCUCAUACUAUGAAUGUGCCACACAACUGGGAGGAUUUCUGGUUUUCAUUGUAGCAGAGAUCUUCAUGCUGGCCGUGAUGCCCUAUGACCGCUAUGUGGCCAUUUGCAACCCCCUGCUCUACAUGGUGGUGGUAUCUCAACGGAUCUGCCUUCUGCUGGUGUCCCUCACCUACUUCUAUGGCUUUUGUACAGCUAUUGUCGUGACACCAUGUGUGUUCUCUGUGUCUUACUGCUCAUCCAACAUAAUCAACCAUUUUUACUGUGACAAUGAGAUAGACUGA